UCUGGUUCUGGUUUACACUUGAGAGUUUUCUAUCCUCCAAAUGCAAUGGCGGCGAAAAAACGAAAGCUCGAACAAAACGACGUCGUAUCAUCACCAGCACCAGCACUCUCUCAUGACGACCUCCGUCAAAUAAUCAAACCACUCACACACGAACAAUUAUCAGAAAUCGUUAUAACCGCUGCGUUGCGUCACCCUGACGUCAUCGAUUCCAUCAGGUCAAUCGCUGACGUCAAUCCAUCACUGCGUAGCUUAUCUAUACAAAACCUAGACCAGUCAACCACCACGAAAAGGCUCACCGCAGUUUUCGCUGAAUUCGGCGAACUCGAAAAAGCGAAAGUGGUUCGAGGUAAGAUUAGUAGGAAAUGUAAAGGUUAUGUUGUUUAUAAACAUGUAGAUUCUGCGUUACUUGCUUUAAAAGAACCUAGUAAGUUAAUUGAUGGCAAAAUUACCGUUGUUAAACUUGUUGAUGAUGUGGAGAAGUCGAAAAAUGAGAAGAAAAAUGCGAGUUUGGGGACGGUUGAUGUGUCGUUAAGGCGAGUUUAUGUUGGGAAUGUGGAUGAGAAUAUGGAUCGUGAGAAGCUGUUGGAGUGUUUUGAGAAGUAUGGGGAAAUUGAGGAGGGGCCGAGUGGGUUCGAUAAGGAAACGGGGAAGUUUAGGGGUUUUGCGUUUAUUGUUUAUAGGAAUGUGGAGGGGGUGAAGGCGUGUUUGGUUGAUCCGGUUAAGAUUAUUGAUGGACAUGAGUUGAAUUGUAGACUUGCUAGCAUUAUGAAAAGGAAUAAUUUCAGCAGUUUGGGUUCGCCACCACACGCGGUCACUGCUGCACAAGUGUCAGGGUCAGGUGAUGGGGGUAAGGGGGAAGUGGUGAUUCCGAAACAGGAAAGUUCAAACAAGGGUUCUUCUAAGCAUGGGGGCGUAGCGAAGGAGAAGUUGGAGGCAGUAGAUGUGUCGUUAAGGAGAGUGUAUGUUGGGAAUGUGCCGGCUGAAAUGGAUUGUGAGAAGUUGUUGGAGCAUUUUUCGACGUAUGGGGAGGUAGAGAGUGGUCCAUUAGGGUUUCAUAAGAAAACGGGUAAGUUUGAGGGUUUUGCGUUUAUUGUUUAUAAGACUCUGUAUGGGGUUAGGGCAUGUUUGGUUGAUCCGGUUAAGAUUAUUGAUGGGCAUAAGUUGAAUUGUAGACUAGCUGUUAGUAAACAAGGUAAUCCCAGUAGUGUGGAGGUGCCGCAGGCGGUCACUGCCGAUGAAGUUCCAGGGUUAGGGGGUGGGGGUAAAACUGAAAUGGUAACUUCGAAACAGAAAAAUUCAAAGAAGGGUUCUUUAAAGAACAGGGUCACAGCGAAGCAGAAUUUGGAAAUGGUAGAUGUGUCGCUCAGGAGAGUUUAUAUAGGGAAUUUGCCUACUAAAAUGGAGUAUGAGAAGUUGUUGGAGCAUUUCUCAAUGUAUGGGGAAGUUGAAGGAGGACCAUCAGGGUUUACUAAGAAAACGGGUAAAUCUAGGGGUUUUGCUUGUAUUACUUACAAGAAUGUGGAUGGCGCUAAAGCUUGUUUGGUUGAUCCAUUUAAGAUUAUCGAUGGCCAUGAGUUAUGUUGUAGACUUGCUAUUCCUAAAAAAGGACAGACGUCAUCCGCUGCUCCAGCUAUAGGAUCAGGUGAUGAGGGUGUCUUUAAGUCAAAUUUGGAGAUGGUAGAUGUGUCAUCUAGGAGAGUUUAUGUUGGGAACGUGCCACCUGGAAUGGAUGGUAAGAAGCUGUUUGCUCAUUUUUCAUUAUAUGGGGAAGUGGAAGAUGAACCGUUAGGGUUUCAUAGGAAAGCUAAGUUUAACGGUUUUGCUUUAAUCCUUUACAAGAAUGUGGAGGGAGCUAAGGCUUGUUUGGUUAAUCCAACUAAGACUAUUGAUGGAUAUCAGUUGCGUUGCAGACUUGCUAUUCCUAGGAAAUGGAAUUCUAGCACUGUGACUGAACCAGUGGACCCUGCUGCUCGAGUUCCAGGACCAGAUAGUAGAGAAAAGAGAAAGUUUGUGAGUUCGGAACAACAAAGUUUAAUGCAAAGUUCUCAUGCAGGUGGGAGCCGUAGUGGUGUUUCUGAUUGUGUCAAAAACAUGGGUGGCUUAGGAUUACCAGCAGGACCUUCUGCUAAUGGUAACUCGAGUUAUGGCGUUGGAGGACCUGGACAACCAUUAGAGUAUUCACCACGUCUUGUGAAUUUGAAUUUGGGUGGUCGGUUCGGGCUGACUUCAUCUCUUAGCAAUUGUGGUAGUCCAGGAUUGCUGAUGAAUGGGGGUGAAGUACCAGGUUACCUGAGAGGUGGUAGUGAUGGUUCAUAUUUUGGCUUAGGCACUGUUUACGAUGGAUUGAGCCAGAGAUCGCAAUAUGGAUCUUCACCAGGCUCCGUGAGAAUGACAUCAGAAGGUUAUGCAAAGGGCGCUUCCUAUAGUUUGUCAUCUGGUUAUGCUGACCAAACCCAGCAACAGCAUUAUAAAUAUAUGUCGUUUCCCUACAAGUGAGGUGUUCGAUAGCUUGUUCGAUAGGGUUGUCUUUUGGCUUUUGGUAGUUUCAGGAGUGCAGAAUUGUGGUGAGCUUCUUCAAUGUAGCUUAAAAAUGUGUUUGUUGUAAAUGCGUCUAGUUAGUUUCUGCAGCGGUGGUGUACUAAGGUAACUUGUCAGUAAUGUAAAAUCACAACUUUUUCUUCUAAUGAAUAAAUUUAAGGGCAUCUUCAAUAAA